ACCCGUGACUUUUUUACGCCUCCCCCAGUUCCUAUACCGAAGGGAUCCGACUCUAUUGGACUCAAAAGUGAAGGACAGGAUCCCGUCGGCCCCCAAAAACACUGCAAAGUCUGCCCUAAAGCUGAAGGAGGAGGCGGCCUGUUUUCACACCCUACACAUUCCAAGAGACUUUUACAUGUGCAGAUGAAUCCCUCAACUUUAUGAAACAAAUCUG